AUGCCGCCAGCCGCUCGCCUCAGCUUCCCCGCCGUCCAUGUCGGCACGCGCACGCCCAGCAUGUCGGUCACGACCAACGCCGCACCACAGCGCUUCCGCGUACAGGGCUGGGACCCGGUCCUCAUCCUCUCCCAGAUCAUCUCGCUCCAAGCGCUGCACUACCUCGUCCUGUCGCUCGUCCUCCCCGCCCUCCUCAGCAUCCUCUCGAACCGCGACCUGCUCGAGUACGAGGGCGGCGCCACGUCCAUCUCGAUGGCCAUGAACUGGCGCUCGUUCACGGGCGCGACCGCGUCCGGCUUCAGCGCGUCGCGGCAACUCGCGCCCGGGUUGACCAACCUCGCGAGCGCCGAGGCGGGCGUGGCGGUCGGCAAGCUCGAUGCGGCAGAGCUCGCGAGGGGCGUCGUGCGCGUCGUCGGGCGGGACGCGUUUCGAGGGUGGGCGGUCGCGCUUGGGUGGCUCGCGGCGAGCAUGGCCGACAUCGUCUUCCUGUACCACAUCGUCCGCCGGCCGACCCACAUCCUCGACUUUUCCCUCACGCUCCUGUUCAACCACCUCAUCCUGACGACCUACUACUCGUCGUCGUUCCCGUCGUCCCUCUUCUUCUGGUUCGUCGUCGGCUCGAGCGCCGUCGCCCAGAUCGUCCUCGCCGAGCAGCUGUGCGUCCAGCGCGAGAUGCGCGACGGCUUCUCGGUCGCCGACAUGACGCCGAGGAUCGGCGGACCGGGCGACAUGACGCCGCACAUUCCCGACCUCGAGCUCGGCGCCAUCGGUGGCAGCGGCAAGGGAGGAGCAGGAAGAGGGUACGAGCGCGUGCGGGCCGACGAGCGGGCCUGA